GAGUCGGCGCGAGCCGAGAAAGGCUCCUGUCUCCACUAGUGCGGCGGUGUGUCCACAUGGCGUUGUGGCGCGGCUCUGCGUGCGCCGGCUUCCUGGCGCUGGCCGUGGGCUGCGUGUUCCUGCUGGAGCCGGAGCUGCCGGGCACAGCGCUGCGCUCUCUCUGGAGCUCGCUGAGGCUGGGGCCCGCGCCAGUGCCCCCAGGACCUCUGUCCCCCGAGGGCCGGCUGGCAGCCGCUUGGGACGCCCUCAUCGUGCAGCCUGCCCGGCGCUGGCGCCGCGUGGCUGUGGGAGUCAAUGCCUGUGUGGAUGUGGUAAUCUCUGGCGUGAAGCUCCUGCAGGCCCUUGGCCUCAGUCCUGGGAGUGGAAAAGAUCAUGCUGUUCUACACUCAAGAAGUGAUCUGGAAGAAGCCUUCAUCCACUUCAUGGAGAAGGGAGCUGCUGCUGAGCGCUUCUUCAGUGAUAAAGAGACCUUUCAUGACAUUGCCCAGGCUGCGUCUGAGUUCCCAGGAGCCCAGCACUAUGUAGGAGGAAAUGCUGCUUUAAUUGGACAGAGGUUUGCCGCAAACACAGACUUAAAGGUUCUUCUUUGUGGUCCAGUUGGCCCAAAACUCCAUGAACUUCUUGAUGAUAAUGUGUUUGUUCCACCAGAAUCACUGCAGGAAGAGGAUGAGUUCCACCUUAUUUUAGAGUACCUGGCAGGGGAGGAGUGGGGCCCGUUUAAAGCUCCCCAUGCCAACCGGUUCAUCUUCUCUCACGACCUCUCCAACGGGGCCAUGAAUAUGCUGGAGGUGUUUGUGUCUAGCCUGGAGGAGUUCCAGCCUGACCUGGUGGUCCUUUCUGGAUUGCACAUGAUGGAGGGACAAAGCAAGGAGCUCCAGAGGAAGAGGCUCUUGGAGGUUGUGACCUCCAUUUCUGACAUCCCCACUGGUAUUCCAGUUCACUUAGAGCUGGCCAGUAUGACCAACAGGGAGCUCAUGAGCAGUAUUGUGCAUCAGCAGGUCUUUCCCGCAGUGGCUUCUCUUGGGCUGAAUGAACAGGAGCUGCUGUUUCUCAGCCAGUCAGCAUCUGGACCCCAUGCUUCUCUCUCCUCCUGGGAUGGUGUUCCUGAUGUGGGCAUGGUCAGUGAUAUCCUCUUCUGGAUCUUGAAAGAACAUGGAAGGAGUGAAAACAGAUCCUCGGAUCUCACCAGGAUCCACUUCCACACGCUGGUCUACCACAUUCUGGCAACUGUGGACGGACACUGGGCCAACCAGCUCGCAGCUGUAGCUGCAGGAGCUCGUGUAGCUGGGACACAAGCCUGUGCCACAGAAACCAUAGACACCAACCGAGUAUCUCUAAGAGCACCUCAGGAGUUUAUGACAUCCCAUUUGGAAUCCGGCUCCAGGAUUGUAUUAAACCCAAACAAGCCAGUGGUAGAGUGGCACAGGGAGGGAAUAACUUUCCAUUUCACACCCGUGUUGGUGUGUAAAGACCCCAUUCGAACUGUAGGCCUUGGUGAUGCCAUUUCUGCUGAAGGCCUCUUCUAUUCAGAAGUACACCCUGAUUAGGAAAACUGUAGACAGUUGUGUAAGGAAUGAAAGCCACCCAUCUUAAGAAUUCCAGGAAGAACAUAGCUUGGGAAAUAGGCUUGUGGGUGUCAGAACAGUUCCUAGAUGUAAUUGGAAGACAGCCAAAGAAAUCACAGCAGAUUAAACUGUACAGAUGCAUUCCAGCCUAUUGGCAACAUAACGACACUUCAGGUAUUAUUGAAACCUAGCUGUCUACUAUGACUAAUUAGACUGGAGUUUUGUUUUUUUAUGUUGUGCUACAAAGGUUAAAACCUCUCUCUGAAUCCCCAGUUGAUGUACCAUGACUCUGGAGAGCUCAUCCAGCCACAGAAAGAACUUUUCUCUUUGUCCACUAGAGAAGGCAGUCCCUCCCCACAAGCCUGACCACUCAUGGAGCCUGGCAAAGGCAGUCAUGACAGCUUAUGCUCCUGGCAGAAUCAGCUUGUCCAUUCAGUGUUACAGUGACAAUAUUUGAUGUGCGUCCCUUCUCAUCCUCCUGCUCUCAGACAGAGGUCAGGGCCACAGGAAAGGACAAAACCGUCCUGUGCUUUAUGGCCUCAGACUGGAAAUUCUUGGGAGAGCCUUGAGCCACCUAAUCAUUCUCACUUGCUUGGAUGCACCAUGCCUUCCUGCCUUUCUGGGGCUGGCUGAGAAAAGGGCCCAUGGCUUGUUCUCGGCCUCAGUGCUGAGCCCUGGAAGUGCUUUCUGCAGCAGAAGACUGGUACUCGUUCCUUCUGAGCCUUGAAGAGAUGUGUUUUAUAACUGGAAAGUGCUUCUUUAUAGAACACAUCAUGUGUUUUGUGUUUUUGUUUUGACACAUCCAUUAAAGAGUUUGACCUCUUAAGAGCCCCAUGAUCAUGAAUAAAUGUGUCGUGUUGUAUAUUUAUUUUUUAAUAAAUCAAGAUUUCUGUGUGCUUUUAAAAAUAUUAAAACAAUUUACAUUUCUAGGA